GGCACGUCAGAGUCGAGGCGGAAGCGGAUGGGAAGCAGUGGGUGCUGAAACAUGGCGUGCACUUACACGCGCAGAGUCGGGAUGACAGCCGGCGCGUGUGUGUUUUCUGCGAUUAUUGCAACAUGUGUGAUGCAGCUGCCCGCAUCGGCCAAACCGGGCAAUUUAAGAGUAAUCACAGAUGGAAACUGGGAGGAUAUCCUGACGGGAGAAUGGAUGAUCGAGUUCUUUGCUCCGUGGUGUCCAGCCUGCCAGCAGCUCCAGCCCGUGUGGAAUGAGUUUGCAGAAUGGGGAGAAGAUUUGGGAGUGAAUAUUGCCAAAGUAGACGUCACCGAGCAGCCAGGUUUGAGCGGGAGGUUCAUCAUCACAGCUCUCCCAACUAUCUACCACUGUAAAGAUGGUGCGUUUCGGCGAUAUCAGGGCGCUCGAUCUAAAGAUGACUUCCUGAGCUUCAUUGAUGAAAAGAAAUGGCAGAGCAUAGAGCCGGUCUCUUCCUGGUUUGGCCCUUCAUCCUUCCUGAUGAACGCAAUGUCAGCCCUCUUCAAGUUAUCCAUGUUCAUCAGGCAUUGCCAUAAUUACUUAACGGAGCAGCUGGGUGUCCCAGUGUGGGGCUCGUUUGGGAUAUUUGCUUUAGCAACACUCAUCUCAGGAUUGGUCCUUGGAUUGGUACUAGUUUUCAUCGCCGAUUUUGCUUUCCCGUCACGGCGGUUUGCACCAAAUUAUCACCACAGGAAACUGCCUGCUGGGCAGGUACGUCUCCUGCAGCAGUUGGAAGAUGAACAGGAAGCAGAUGGAGAGGAAGAGGAUGAUGAUGAUGAUGAGUACAGUGGAAAGACUGAAGAGUGGCAGCGAGCAGACGGAGCCGAUGUGCUCAGGAGAAGAGGAGUGGGUGUGCUGGAGGAGGACACUUAGUGGACUGGAGAGGAACUGCCUCUCGCUCACUGCUCACAAAACCACCACACAAACCACAUCGCACAAACCACAUCGCUACAGCAGUGCCCCGGCAGCGCUCAUUAAGCUUGAUGUCACAUGUGAUGUCAUAGCUUCCUCUGAAAGAUUGAUGUGGUUGUGCUUUUCUCUCUUUCUUGCCGCUAGUUUGUGUGUUUUCUCUUUUCCACCUGUCUAGUUUUAAUUAUUACACUCCUUGCUAUGCAGUAUCUCUAGAGUGUGUGUGUGACAGAGGAAUAUUAGGACUUACUUUACGGAAUUUCACGACUCACAGUUGCAAUAUUCCCCAUACAAAUUCUGAGCAAAAUUAUCAAGAUCAAACAACGAUCUCACUGUGAAUCUGUUGUAAAUGAGGCUUUUUGGAAUAAGAAAGCUUUUGUGCUUUACUUUGUAAAUAUUUUAUUAUUUGAGCUUUUUGGAUGCCUGUUAUAUAAAGCCAGAAUGUUCAAUUUGCUGUUUUAAAUGUUUUUUCUUCCAACUAGAGUUCAGC